AUGCCGGAAUCAACGAGCAUGGCGCUCCGCAUGGAAUCGAGCAAAGACCCGCAGCCAACUGAUGCGCUGGAGGAACGUCUAAGCAAGGCAGAGAAAGCGGUUGCAAUCGCUCUCGACACCUUCGCUUACGACGAGCUCAUCCUCGUCGCCACCGAAGCUCUCAAGACUAGAUCGCAAACGCUGAGCAAGACCGUCAUCAAAUGCCGCAAGAACUUAUUGUGGGCCAGAUCCCAUGCGUAUCACCACCAGAAUCGCUACGAACUCGCUCUCAAAGAUGCCAGGGCCGCCCUCAAGAUCGACCCCGACGACGUUGCCGCAUACAUUCGAGCCGCCGCGCUGCUCUUCAACACUGGGCACAAGGAGCAGGCUUUCAGUUGUCUCGACACGGCACAGUCCUUAGCGUCCAAGCACGGUUCGGCUACAAGAGCGCUGUUGCUAAGCAGGAUUGACAAGCAACGACGCAAAGUCUCCGGUCUCUCCUGGCGCCUCAUCGACCGUCUCCCAAAUGAGAUCUUCAUCGAAAUCGCGUCGCACCUCGAGAUCCAAGACCGCUCCUCCAUGAGUCAGACUUGUCGCGCGUGGCGUCAGAUCCUGAUAUCAGUACCAUCUCUCUGGACCUCGCUGACUCUGAUCACGAAACACAAAGAAAUGGGCGAAUCAAAGGCCGUCGGCUGGAUGCGCUACAUCAUCUUGCGCUCGGAAAGGGCCAAUCAUUGCCUCGAGUACGUCUCCUUCAAGCACGCGUUUCCUGAAAAGCUGCUCGAAAAGCUGCGCAAACUGUCUUUCAAGGAGGGCGGGGCCUCAGAGCAUCGUCAAGACGUACGUGACGCCUUGUUCAACUUGCGCCAUCUGGAAGAGCUUGACAUGGCCGAGAUGUCUGCGCGAGAUCACGACCUUACUUGCGGGCAGCUCGUCCCUAGGCCAGUAUCGUCCGAAUCUGGCCAAAUCGAGCUCCACGUGCCAUUGCCAAACCUGCGCCUUCUGGUCGUGGAUGGUGGCUCGGACACCUUUCUGUACAAGUUAGCCGUUUGCCUCCUGGCUCGCGAGCAAGUAAGACUUGGGGACGGCUUGGUGACCGCAAUGCGUCUGGCCCAAGAUCGAGCACUGCCCAAAAGCUCCCCAGCUGCCGCUGUUUCGCCUUUCCAACGAGGAAUUACCUCAACAAGUCGCAGAAAUGAGGCCAAGGAACUAGGCGGCCCUCGUCUCAAACACGGUUCGGAUUGCGCGCGUCUGCACCUCCUCAAGUUGGCCAAGGUCGUUGCACUCCCAGACCACCUUAGAGCGACGCUGGAAGGCGUCACAGACAAGCUGAUCAUCGAAUACGGCCGACUUUGA